UCUGAUUUAUAGUCUGUGAUUACAUUAUUCUAUAAAUUUUUCAAGUGAAUUAUUUAUAUUUUCAGAUUAAAAUAACAGAGGAAUGUUUAAUAAGAGGAAUUAUCAUGGAACUUACUCAAAGAUGUCUCAAUGUUCACAAUGUGUUAAGAGCACAAAAGUCAUUUUUAGAUCCUCACGUGUCACGUAGUGAUUUUGUGAAAGAAUUCGGUGCGAGUAUUUUAUCUCUUGCGAAACAUUUAAAAGAAGAAAUCACAAAUAAAUCCAUGUUUCGUUUUGCGCAAUUAUAUCUUGUUUUUGAAAAUCAUUUAACUUAUCCCGAAUUCUUAAAUUCGAAAAGGCUUGUUACGGUGACGAGAAAAAUGAAACAUUUGGAAACGUAUUUCAGCGAAUCCGGGAUGGCCAUGGCAUACGUCACAGAUGAUCCUUCGAGAUUCUUCAUAGAAGAAUCUUAAAUGUAAUACAUAAAUUAUGAAAUAAACUUAAAAUCUAU